ACAACUUAAACAGAUUCGAAGUUUGCACAAAUGUGAGCAACUAAAAGUGCUAUAUGAAAUUAAAAAUGAUCCUAGUGCUAUGCUUAAUCAUGUAAUUCCAGCUUUUGUACGACUAAAUGAUAAUGAUUUUAACUGUGCAAUAAAACAAAUUUGUGAAUUCUGGGAAAUAAAUACUCAAAUUCAAAGAAAACAUAAUGAUAUGAUUAUUCAAAUUUCACUGUCUACUUUGGCAUGGUGGAAUAAAGAGGUAGCGGCUCUGUCUUUUAGCCAAAAUUGUCCUAAAGAAAAUUCAUCUUGGUUUUUCAGAUAUGGUAUUAUGGUUGAUAAAAGUAUACGAGAUGAAAAAAAAGUGUUGAUUAUAUGUUUUUCUCAUUAA